AUGGAGCCGAAGAGAAAGCACCCUCACGAGAUGUCUGACCAUGAGCCAGACAUAUUUCCCCAUAAAAGACGCGAACUCGAGCGAAACGCAAGACCCAAGCUCGCCCAUCAUCAAUAUACUGUGGGCUGGAUAUGCGCCAUACACACGGAAUACGCCGCAGCGCAGGCGCUUUUGGACGAAGAGCAUGUUCAUCCAUACGAUCUGCCCCCGACCUUGAAUGACGGGAACCACUACACAUUCGGCAGGAUCGGGCCACAUAACGUUGUGAUGGCCGUCUUAGCGGAGAUGGGAACUGCAGCCGCGGCAGCGGCUGGAACGAAUAUGCAACGCAGCUUUCCCAAGAUCGAGAUCCGGUUGAUGGUGGGAAUCGGCGGUGGCGCUCCAACUCGAAGCAACGAUAUCCGUCUUGGGGAUGUCGUCGUCAGCACUUCUCAUAAUGGGCAGAGCAGUGUACUCAAAUACGACUAUGGAAAAGACAUACAGGGCCAGCGCUUCAAACAUACUAGCGUCUUGGAUCAGCCGCCUCAGCGUUUGCGUGGGGCGGUCGUUGGACUCCGGGCUCGGUACUUGAGAGAUGGUCACGCAAUCGAAGAGACGAUCAAUGGUCUUCUUCGUAGCAACCCAAACUUGAGCAGCCACUUUGCCCGCCCAAACCCAGACAGCGACAAGUUGUACAAAAGCACUUUUGUUCACCCUCGGAAAUCUACAGAAACCUGCGUUGCAAUUUGUCAGCAUGACCCCUCAAAUUUCGUGGAGAGAUCUUCACGGACCGGAGACAAGCUGGUUAUCCAUUAUGGCACGAUUGCUUCAGCAGAUCAGGUGAUGAAGAACGCCAAGACCCGGGACAAACUUGCAGCUAAAGAUUCUGUAUUGUGCUUCGAAAUGGAAGCUGGAGGAUUAAGCAAUACCUUCCCUUGCUUAGUUGUUCGCGGCAUAUGCGAUUACUCGGACUCCCACAAAAACAAGGAAUGGCAAGGAUAUGCAGCGAUGACAGCUGCGGCGUACGCGAAAGAUCUUCUUUACGAGCUCACUCCACUGUGGUCUUCGUCUCCCGUUCGUACCUCAACUGAGUUUCAGCACCCGAAGGCUGCAGCUGAUAGGGAAAGACCGGUCGACGAGCGGAGGAAGCAACUGCUGGAUUCGCUGAGCUUCGACCAGAUUGACGCCCGGCAAAUGACCAUCAAAAAAGCGCACGCUAAAACCUGCAAAUGGGUGCUGGAAAGUUCUGAGUACCUUGACUGGCUAGACCAUACCAAACGCGAAGACCAUCGUGGGUUUUUAUGGAUCAAGGGAAAGCCAGGCACGGGGAAAUCGACGUUGAUGAAGUUCGUCUCUGAAAAUUAUCGGAAGACAACGCGAAAAGGCACCCUCAUCACAUUCUUCUUUAACGCACGAGGCGAGGAACUGGAAAAGUCGACCAUAGGGAUGUACCGAUCACUCCUCUUUCAACUCAUCGAGGGCCUUCGUCAACUUCAGUCAGUCCUGGACUUACCUGCGUUAAUGACAAUAAACAAUAGGACUCGCGAGUGGACCGUCGAAUUCCUCAAGGAGCUGCUUGAAGAGGUAUUCCGGAACCUUAAAGAUGAAUCUGUAACAUGCUUCAUCGACGCACUGGAUGAAUGUGAUGAAGAUCAGAUCCGAGACAUGGUGUCGUUCUUUGAGAGCGUCAGUGAAACUACCACGACAAUGAACAUCAGCUUCCAAGUCUGUUUCUCGAGCAGACACUACCCUCAUAUCACUAUUUCGAAGGCAGUGAGCCUCAUUCUAGAAGGACAGGAAGGGCACAAAGAUGACAUCAUCAAGUAUGUGCACAGCGAGCUGAGAAUAGGAGCCAGCAAGAUGGCCCAGCAGGUCCGCGAUGAGCUCCAAGAAAAGGCAUCCGGGGUUUUUAUGUGGGUGGUCUUGGUCGUGGACAUUCUGAACAAGGAACACGACCGCGGUGACAUUCUUCAACUUCGGCAAAGACUCCGGGAACUCCCCGGUGACCUCGAUACCCUAUUCCGCGAUAUUCUCAUCCGCGAUAGUCGUCGCAGGGAUAAGUUGCUUCUAUGCAUUCAAUGGGUGCUUUUCGCCAAAACCCCGCUCAGCCCAAAACAACUUUACUUUGCGAUAUUGUCCGGAACUGAAAGCCAUGAGGCAUUAUCUGAUUGGGACCCUGAAGAUAUCACGGCCGAUGUCAUGAAGCGAUCCAUCCUCAACUCGUCAAAGGGCCUCGCUGAGGUUACCAAAUCAAAGACUCCAACUGUCCAGUUUAUUCACGAGUCAGUGAGAGACUUCUUGUUGAAACAUGGUGGACUCAGCCAGGUCUGGCCCGAGUUCAGCGGCAAUUUUCAAGGGCACUGCCAUGAACAACUGAAAGUCUGCUGCCUCAAUUAUCUAGCUGUUGCCACGGCCAUGGAGGUGGGCAAAGAUCUCCCCGAGGCCUCGCCCAAAAAGGCUGAUGAACUCCGUGAAUCAGCAGAGGAUAUGUUACCUUUCAUUCGAUAUGCAACGCAGCAGGUCUUGUACCAUUCAGACCAAGCAGAAGAAUCAGGAGUCAGUCAGGUUGACUUUUUGCAAACAUUCGAUCUUGCUGGUUGGACUGCGCUGAACAAUCUUUUGGAAAAACACAAAGUCCGUCGACACAACCCGAACGUCAGCCUCUUGUACAUCUUAGCUGAGCAAAACAGAGCCAAUCUCAUCAAAGUUGAGCGCUCAAAACUGGCAUGCUUCGAAAUCGAAGCGCAAAGAUACGGGGCACCGAUUUUUGCAGCUUUAGCUACUGGGAGUUUCGAGGCUGUACACGCACUCUUAGCUGCCCUCAAGGAGGCAAACCCCAACAGCCCAGCACUGAAACAGCACACACAACAAAGCACUGAACCCUACAAAUCAUCCCGCGAAUUUGUCUUCUCAGCAAGGCGAGGCAUUUUCUUCAGUGCUGUGGAGCUUGGAAAUGAAACAGUUGCUGCUCUCGUCACCGAGCGUGGAAAGGUUGACAUAGAUGCUGCAGUCAAGCCUCAACUCAGGACGCCACUAUCAUACGCCGCCGAGAAAGGCCUUUCGAAGAUAGUCCAGUUUCUUAUCGAGAGUGACAGGGUUGAAACUGACCGCAAGGAUAAAGACGGAAUGACACCCCUGGCGCAUGCUGCCAAAAACGGACACGAUUCUGUGGCCAAAAUGCUUCUUGAGACUGAUCAAGUUGAUCCUGAGAAUGCGGAUGGGACUGGCCGAACACCCUUAGCACAUGCUUCCAUAAACGGACAUGAUUCUGUGGUCAAAAUGCUUCUCGAGACUGGUCGAGUUCAUCCUGAUAAUGCGGACGCAUCUGGCCGAACACCCUUAGCACAUGCUUCCAUAAACGGACAUGAUUCUGUGGUCAAAAUGCUUCUCGAGACUGGUCGAGUUCAUCCUGAUAAUGCGGACGCAUCUGGCCGAACACCCUUAGCACAUGCUUCCAUAAACGGACACGAUUCUGUGGUCAAAAUGCUUCUCGAGACUGGUCAAGUUGAUCCUGAUAAGUCGGAUGGGUUUGGCCGAACUCCUUUCAGUCAUGCUUGCACGUACGGGCACAAGUCUGUCGUCAAGCGGCUUCUCGCAACUGGUCGAAUCGAUAUCAACCACCAGUCUGAGAUUGGCUUCACACCAUUAUGGUAUGCCGUGGAAGGAAACCAUCCGGCUGUUGUUCAGCUUCUUCUUGAAGCUGAUCAGGUCGAGGCGGACCGCAAAGACAAUGAGGGUGAAACGCCACUGUCAUAUGCUGCAUCUCAUGGGCACCGGUCCGAAAUUUGCAGGCUUUUGCUUAGGUCUGGCAAAGUCGAUGCGGACUCGAAAGAUGCCUCAGGAAGAACACCACUCUCACAAGCUGCAGGCGCUGUUGCGGCCGAUAACAUCAAAAUUCUGCUGGAUAGUAACCAGGUCGAGCCGGAUUCUAAGGAUGAUCUGGGCCGAACACCACUCUCAUAUGCUGCGUCUACUUAUUCAGAUAACUUAGCUGAAGUUUCUUAUACUAUCGAACUUCUUCUCGGCACCAAUAGGGUCAAGAUAGACUCUAAAGAUAACUCAGGUCGAACACCGCUGUCUCAUGCCGCCGGGAAGUUCAAGCCCGAUGCCGUCUCAGCAUUACUGAAAGCGGGAGCUGAUCCUACGCUGGAGGACAAGAGCGGACGGACACCUUUAUCCUAUGCAACGGAAUCCGAACCCAUCUUCAAAGACGAGAAACAACGGAGGACGCGCGUGAUCGAAUUGCUACAAGGUGGAAUGAACAUCUCAUAG